AUGCUCACUGCAAUUGGAAUUGAUCCAAAUGACUGCAUUUAUCUAAUUGCAUUUGGAGUUGUAGAAGUUGAGUCUCUGGCUGCUUGGAAGUGGUUCUUGGAAACAUUGAAGCAAGGCCUAGGCAUUGAAAACACAUACCCAUGGACUAUCAUGACUAACAAACAGAAGGGUCUAGUACCAGCUGUUGCACAGGUUUUCCUAGAAUCUGAACACAGGUUCUGUGUUAGACACCUAUAUUCCAAUUUCCAGAUGCAAUUCAAAGGUGAGAACUUAAAGAACCAACUUUGGACUUAUGCUAGGUCAACCACAGUAGUUAGGUGGAAUGAGAACAUGGAGAAGAUGAAGGUCCUUAACUAG